UUGUAGUGCGGAAGCAGUCCUAAUCAGGCUGUAAAAACAUAACAGUGCUGUUGCUUCGUAGCCUCCAGUUUUUUGAUAUUAGGAACGCACUGUGUACCACUAAAACACAGCUGCUUCAGUUUGCUUUUAUUUUCAUACAAGGCGUAUUGUUAAAUUCAAUCGGAGAGUCUCUGACCAAAAGCCUAUAAUGGCGAAUUUUUUGCCUUUUCACACGCAGGUCACCUCGAUUAUGGGGGUCUUUGUAGACGCGGCCGUGGCACAGAUUUGUGAACUUGUUGACGAAGGAUAUGCAGUUUUACGCUUGGAAAUAUCCAGAAGUCAAAAGGAAAACGAAGAGCUAAAGGAGAAAUUGGUGAGAAUGGAGAUGGGUAAUAUGCUAGGACUUGGAAACGUCGCGCCUGCGGUGCACGAGCGCACCCCAUUCUAUGCGAUAUCAGAGGAGGAUCGAUGUUCUAACAGGAGAUCUGCCUUGGAGCCAGAGUUUGAUGGCUUGUGUGUCAGUGGAGAACAACCAAGCCUAGAUGGGGAUCAAUUACUGACUAACACAAAGUCUGUGGAGAAAUUCCCCAUCCUAAUCAAGGAAGAAGUACCCGAGGAUGACUUUGAUAUGUCCUGGACGCAAAAAGAACUAGAAAUCGAUAGACAGAGCAGCUGUGCUGAUGAAGAAGGGAAUAUUGACAAAAUGGGGCUGAAUCGGACAAACCAUGUUUCUAAAGAGUGCACUCUGGUUAUCAAAGCAGACCCGGAGGAACAAACACUUGAACAAAUGGAGGACAUGUCUGUUGAACAGAGAAACACAGGAUUUGCUACACAUUUGACUAAGAGUCUGUUUCCAAGUACUGAAACUGAUUCUGAAGACCCAGCUUGUUCUAAUGCUGCUGAUAUCAUCCCCUCAUACUUCUCAGGCAGCCCUGGGACACAUAUGUCAUUAGAUGAGACAAGUACUACUAGGGGACAGUUGUCAAAUGUCAAAUUUCACACGGUUAAACCGAAAGUUGUAAUGCUGGAUCCUGAAGCCCACAAUGACCAUUAUAAAUCUAAUAGAAAUACACUACAGUUUCAAAUGCAGAAAGGUACGUCUGGUCCUGGUGGCUGUGGUAACUUAAGCGAGAGGCAUUUCUUGAGUCGUCGAAAGAGCCAAAGAGACAACAGAGCUAGGUUUAAACUGCCUACUGCCCAACGAAUCAUACCAAACACAGAACAUGACAUACAUGAAGAGGGCAGUCAAGAGAAGCAGUUCAUAUGUGGGUUUUGCGGGAAGAGUUUCACUGGUCAAAGAUAUCUCCAGGCUCACCAACGAGUUCACACAGGAGAGAAACCAUAUAGCUGUUCUCAUUGUGGGAAAAGAUUUGGCCAAGCAAGUUAUCUUAGGAAACAUCAGACAAUUCACACAGGGGUAAAACCAUAUGGUUGUCCACUAUGUGGAAAGCGGUUUGCAGAUUCCAGUAAUCUCAUCAGACACAAAGGUGUUCAUACAGGAGAAAGACCAUUCAUCUGCAUCCACUGUGGCUUACGAUUUGCUGUAAAACACAACCUUAGAAUUCACUUGCAGAAGAACCAUCCUCAUUCUUCUGGAACUCGAAUUGGAGAUAUACAUUGAAAACCUUUUUAUGACAUCUUACAUUCACUCUACUGUUUAUUACAUACUGUAUACAUACAUGGAAUAAAAUUGAAGCCAUAUGUUAAUGUUUGAUUUAAU